GUGCUCUAAACAUAUCGGAUGGAAACGGUCUGGUCUAAAGUGUUAAAAAAAAUUAUGUUCGUCUCUGAAAAGUUUGCAACUUAGUGGCACUUAUUUAUUUUUAAAGUGGUCGCAGUCAUUUCUGCAUCAAAAUAUCCUUAAAAAAAGAUGUAUCUAUAGAUGUAAAUUUAAUUCAAUUUAACCAAUCCUUUUAUUGUGCUCCUAUAAAAACAAUAACAUAGAGAUUUGUUAUUUUUGAAUUCUUUGGAUAAUGAAUGCAAUGGAAAAACAAAAUUAUAUCUGCAGUUGAAGAAGACGGAUUUAAAAAUAAAAGAAAAAAAUUAAUGAUUUUAAUUUAUGUAUAUUUUGAAUGAGAACUUCUAAAUACAUUGGAAACACAAACACAAUGCCUAUUAACAUUCUGGAUGUGGAUCAUUUCGCAAUAAGUGCCAUAGUCACCGGGGCCAUGCAAAUUAUAUUUUUUAUGAUCAACUCGGCGUUCCAUAUGGACAAACUUACGGAUUUCGCCGGAGGAGUAAACUUUAUAAUUAUAGCCCUCUUGACAUUCUACUUGGGCCAAAUCGACCGGCCUUCCAAGUCAUAUGACAGCCGACAACUGAUGAUAACAAUUUUUGUUUGUCUCUGGGGAGCGAGACUUUCUGGAUACCUUUUAUAUAGAAUCGUAAAAAUUGGGCGAGACAAACAAUUUGAAGAUACGAGAAGGAAUAUAAUACGAUAUGCAAUAUUUUGGACAUUCCAGGCUGUAUGGGUGUACGUUGUAUCACUUCCGGUUAUCAUAAUAAAUUCUCCACGUCAUUCACAACCCCAUGCUCCGAAAACUAUGACAACAUUAGAUUCAGCUGGUUCAGGGAUGUUUGUUGCCGGAUUGUUAGCGGAAACAUAUGCUGACUUACAGAAAUUUUCAUUUCGCCAAGAUCCGGCAAAUCAAGGAAAGUUCUGCAAUGAUGGACUAUGGAGCAUGUCAAGGCAUCCAAACUACUUUGGAGAAGUAGUUAUAUGGUGGGGGAUAUUUGUAGUCUCUCUUAAUGUUAUACGUGGACCAGAAUGGGUGGCUAUAGCAUCGCCAAUCUUCACUACUUUUAUCAUUCUCUUUCUAUCGGGCAUACCAUUGCGAGAACGUUCGGCGGACGAAAAAUACAAAGAUUUGAUGGAGUAUCGAAAGUACAAGGCAUCAACAUCUCCACUCAUCCCAAUCCCGCCGUCAGUUUAUGUCGAAGUGCCAAGUGCGUUGAAAUUUAUUUUGUGUUGUGAAUUUCCCCUCUAUGACACAAUGGACAUACAAAAGGAUCUCAGCCCAUACUCCCUAUCGAUGGCACACUCGCAUUCGCACAUCUAGCAAUCAGUUACCCACAGUGGGAGUGGGCAGCAUGGCCAACUCACUGUGGGCCACCAGGUUCAGGGUUCCAGUAGUGGUUUACAUCAAAAUCAACAUCAACAUCAUCAUCAUCACCAUCAUCAUCAUCAUCAUGGACAUCAUAGCCAUCAUCACCACAGUAGUCAGGAUAUCGAGAGUGGGACUGGAGGCGGUGGCGGUGGCAGCUGUGGAGCUGGAGGUGGAGCAAGUGGCCGAAACACAUGUGUUCGAACAACAAGUAAUCCAUAUCAGAAUGGAGGCAACUACAUGAACACAUACAGUUACGAGCACCGGGAAAUAACAGACGAUGAAGACGACGAAGAUGAUGAUGGAAUAAUCUAUAUGCCUGGCCCGUCAACGUCAAAACAAAUAACACACCAUAUUAGUGAAAAGAGUAAAAUAACAACACAUCCUGUCGAGCUGAAAGAAAACGUUUGCUGUCCACCUGCUCUGGAAACAACGACGCCGACAACGACGAUGACAACGUCAAUAACAGAGCUCCAAACUGAACCCAUUCCUAUAAAAAGCGAAAGUUUUAUUGCUAAAGUUGAAACCGAACAAUAUGUUAAUCCAGAUGGCGCUUCAAUAACAGUCACAACUAUUUUGUGAUUACAUUUUGUUGAAAAAUUUUCUAUCGUUAAACAUAUUAUAAGAGUAUUAGCAGAAAAACAAGACAACAACAAAAACAACAAAACACAAAACAAAAACAAUGUUCGAAUGACUCAACUUUUUUUGUCAAGCCAUAUCUGCCAUUCUACCUAUAAUAUAAUUAUAUAUUAUUAUAAAUUGUUAUUAAAAAUUAAAAAAAAUUGUUAUAGAAUAAACUAAAAAAAUAAAUAAAUAUAUUUUCAAUUUAGAAUUAAAAAAAGUAAGAGUGUACAUUUUUGUAUAGUUAUUAAUAAAGUAGUUUUACAAAAUACAUAGAUUCCAGUUCAUAUUAUAUUACCUACAUACAUACCUACCUACUUUCAUAUAAACAAAUAACUAACAAAAGUCGUCAGUUCUUUUAUGGAAGAGUGAAUUUAGCCUGCAAUAUCAGCAAACAAUAAAAUAAAGUAAUUAUUUAUUAUAGAAGAUCCUCUGAGCUGGCUUUAUACUCACUCUCUCAUUAAAACACGACUGAUUUUAAUGAAAGAAAAAUAAUUUCUCACAUUUAAAAAAAAUAGUUUUACAAAAAUAGAUUUGAAUAUUGUUGUUAUUUUUGUAAAAACAAAACAAACAAUCUUUACGCUUUGGAAUACUUGCAUGAAUGAUGAAUGACAGAAUGUUUAGAGCAUUGCUUUUCAGUAUUAAAUUUAAUAACUACAGAUAGAAAAUUAAAAGACCAAACAGGAAGUUCAAAAAAGCUAACCAUUUAAUUUAAAUUAAGUUCAGUUUCAAUUUAAAAAUCUUCAACAACUUUUUUUUUACAUAAAUAUUUCUAUUUCUGUGACUAAAGCGCUCACGUUGGGCGCCAACUUAUGUUAGAUUCAUUGAUUGGCAGAUAUUUUUUUCUUUAAAAACCAAGCUUUAAGAUAUUUGGUAUAAACCGAAAGGUGCAGCAAUGCUUCCAUUUAAAAGUAAAUUUAAAACAAUGCGAAUGACUGGGUUGUUGAAAAUGUAAAAUUGAACAAAACAAAAGAAAAUAAAUGUUAACAGAGUGUAAAAUGUUAUUUAAUAAAUCUUAAGACAAAUUAACCUGAAAACUAUUUACAUUAAACUAAAAUUAUAUAUCAAAAUAAAUAAAAAAAAAAUUGAAUUUAAAAUAUUGUUCAAAAUAUGACGUGUGCUCUUAUAAACUUUAUCACAUUCAGUGAUUGAUUUAUUUAUUGUAUAAAAAAUAGUAAUCUCACUGUUAAAAAAACAAAUCAAAUGAAAACAUAUCGACCUUUCGAAUGGAAUAUUGAAAAUAAAGUAUUUUAAAAAAUAUCACAUGGACCAGAAAGCUAGUAGUCAUAAAUUCAUAAAUAUACGUCAAAUUCCCAUUCACAAAUUAAAAACAAAAAUUUACCUAUACAUAAAUAUAUUUUUGAACUAACCUUUAAAAAAAACACUGUUGUAUUCAAAAAAAUGUUUAAAUAUGAUUUCAACUGUAAAUACUCUUCUGGUUUUGGCUUAGCUUUGUGCCAAUUGUAUUUUAAAUUUUGUCAGAAGUCAAUUUUUUCGAAAACCGAAAGUGAUUUUCAAUUUCAUUCGAAAUGGAAUUCUAUUUUUAAAUUUGUUCAACUUCGAAAUUUUCACAACUACUUCAUUUCUUGAGAAAACGGGCAAAACUUUUAUCUUCGUAUUAAACGGAAAUAGAAUUAAAACCAAAUAUUGCGAACUCAUGGAGAUAAUUAGCCCAAUUCUAAAUAUUAACGGGAAAAAGAACUUCUAGGGAAACUAGUUCUCCCGAGAGUAAAAUUCUUCUUUUUCGAAUCCCCGGGAACACAUUUUACCCUUCGAAAUCGGGAAUGGGGAAUUUUGAUUUUCGAAUCAGCUGUUCCGUAUUGUUUGACAGGAAAAAUAACUCCCGAACAAAAUGUUCAUCAUUCCAAUUAAAAAAGAUUUAAAAUGUUUUUUUUUUUUAUCGCGGCAAGGAUUUAACUAAAGAAUAUGAAGAAAGUCAACAUGUAAAACCAAGGACCAUUAGAAGAUCUUUAAGAGAUAGUGAGCUGUAAGCAUUUAUUAGUUUAUUCAAAUGUUGUCUAUCAUAAUUUUUAAAAAAUCAUUUUUUCUUAGGCUUCAAAAGUAUUUUAGACUAAACAAGGUUUCCUUUAAAUACUUGUUGGAUGUUCUCAUCCAAUUCCACCAAUCAUUAAAUUGGGCGCAUGUGGUAGACAGCAUGUUUAUAUUCGGAAAGUUUUUGUUCUCUGUUUGACCCACCGCCAGUACCAUUUCUAGCCUCACUCCACACCUAAAGUAAUUAGACGCACUACUUAAAGUUAUCGAACUUUCGUUUAAAAAAUGUACCCUUUUCCAUUUAGAUAUGUUUUUGCUUGGUAGCCCAGAUGAAUUUAAGGCAUUUUCAGCAGUACCUAUCCCAAAACAAUAAAACCACCUCCUUGCUUGCUUUCUGGAAGCCACAAGCAAUAUCGUGGUGAACUUCCAUCAAACUCAAGAGAAUUUGAAGCUGGCACUUGUUUGUUGUUUUAGACCUAAAAAACUCAAAUUAUCACAUUUAUUGUUUUUAAAAAUAUAUAAAAUCGUACAUUUUGAUUAAACUCCCCACCAAAUUUAUCAGGAAGAAACUCCAUUCUUUUGAAAUUUAGAAGGCCUACUUUUUUUCUGAGUAUUUUUUCCCACAUUCGAAGUUAGAUUAUAAUAAGGGAAAAUAGAAAAGGUAACGAAAUUCCCGGGAAUUUUUCGUUUAGAAUUGGGCUGAAUAAUAUCCGCAUUUGUUUACAUCAACAUUUUGUAAAAAUUUCCUGGGCUUCAAGCUCUUAAAAAAACAUAGACACGAAUUCAAAAAUUCUUUUCAAAAUACAUAACAUAAAAGAACUUCAAUUGGUUAAUCUGUGAUACUAGACUUGUAUUGAUCGAAGUAAAUUAAAAAUGCGGCUUUGGCACAUAUUCAGGUUCAAGUUCAAGUUCAGGUUUUAUUGUUUCGUUUCAAGAGCAAUUGGCUUAAAAUUAAAAAUGUAUAACCACACCCAAUAUUCAAAAGCAAAGAAAUAUCCCACCACAAACAUAUUUGCGUUUUAUUAGGCUUUACAAUCGUUUUUAAUAAUUCCAUAGGUAGAUGAUGAAACAAAUUCAUAAAAUUACAGUUAACUUUCUGUAUUCCAGAGUACAACUAGAGCAUAUCUUUUAGACAAGGGAAAAUAAUAAUUUAUGGCAAUAUUAUAUUAAAAUUUUAUAUAAAAAAAUAACAGAUAUUAUAAUAUAAAAAACAAGUGUAGAUAUUUAAAAACAAAAAUAGAGCUUUACUACUCGCUGUUACUUACCUUACAUACAUUAAAUAAAAAGAAUAAUUAAUAAUUUUAAAUUAACAAAGUAGUACCUAUGUAUAUGUAUGUAUGCAUUUUUUCAAUUUAUAAAUCCUAUAAAUACUUAUCCAAAAAUUUAUCUUGGUUAUAAUAAAUUAUAAUGUAUUGUUAAUUCAAUAAAUUCCAUAUAGUCAUAUUAUCUAUAGCUUUAAUUUUUAAAUUAAAAAAAAAUAAAAACAAAACAAACAUUAAUUGUAUGUAUUAAAAUUUAUAAUGCUCAAAUUCUUAAAUAAAAUACAAGAGUUAUUUUUUUUUAUAGAGCCUAAAAAUCUUAUAAAUACGCCUUUAUAAAUUAUAUCUCUGAUUAACCUUCAAAAUUUCAAAAAAAAAAAAACAAAACAUUCUUAACUAUGAAAUUUACCACACACACUCACAGAAAUAACCUGUUAAGUAGAAAUUGUAAAUAUUUUAAUUUAAACAAAAAUAAAUAAUGUAGAAAUACGUUGUAAUAAUUUAAUAAAACAAAAUAUUUAAUUAA